GCGCUGACGUCAGCGGGCGCGGCCAGUCGCUGGUGAAGGGCCGCGAGUAGACGGCGCUCCGUAGCCUGCGGCUUAGGGUAUCCGCACAGGACGAGGUUGGGCUGGACAAGCGCGUCGACCCGAGGCGGCACAACUCGGACAGCCUCCUCGUCAUGGCGGCCACCACCAUCUCCACCCAGAGAGGCCCGGUGUUCAUCGGAGAGCUGCCACAAGAUUUCCUUCGCAUUGUACCGACUCAGCAGCAGCAGCAAGUGCAGCUUGAUGCACAGGCAGCUCAGCAAAUGCAGUUUGGAACAGAAACAGCUACUAUGGGCAGACUAAGCAUCACAGUGGUACAGGCAAAACUGGCAAAGAACUAUGGAAUGACACGCAUGGAUCCAUAUUGCAGAAUACGUCUUGGUUAUGCUGUUUAUGAGACGCCCACAGCACACAAUGGAGCAAAAAACCCAAGAUGGAACAAAGUUAUACAGUGCACUGUGCCACCUGGGGUUGAUUCCUUCUACCUGGAGAUAUUUGAUGAGCGAGCUUUCUCCAUGGACGACAGAAUUGCUUGGACUCACAUAACUAUCCCGGAAUCAUUAAAAGAAGGAAAAGUGGUGGAUGAAUGGUACAGCCUUAGUGGGCGACAGGGUGAUGACAAAGAAGGAAUGAUCAACCUUGCUAUGUCUUAUGCAAUUCUGCCACCAAACAUGUUUGUGCAGCCACAACCAGUAGUACUGAUGCCCACUGUCUACCAACAGGGAUUAGGAUAUGUGCCAAUUACAGGGCUUGAGUAUUUUGCAUUGGGCGUGCCAACUGUUUAUACACAAGGAAUGAUCCCUGUUGGAGCACCAACACAGGUUUCUGCUCCACAAAGUCUGUACAGUGAGGAAGAUCUCAAAUCUAUUCAGGAUAUGUUCCCUAACGUGGACAGAGAAGUGAUCCGAACAGUGUUGGAAGCACAGGCAGGCAACAAGGAUGCAGCAAUUAACUCCUUGCUUCAGAUGAAUGAAGAGUCGUAGAAAUAUGGUCAAUCAAUGUUGCCAACACCUCAUCAUAACUGAAGUAUUUCUGCAUCAAGGACUUUGAGCUUUAUCAGCUAAUUUAUCUGGUUUAAGAAUGCAUGUGUCCAGUAAUCUGCACAUUGUACUAAAAGUUUGUAAUUGUAUUAAACUUAGAGCAUUCCAUAAUCUUAGUGCAUAUGUUUAAGAUCAGAGAGGCUGGUGCAAUCAUCUUGCGGAUAAUACUUAUGAAAAGGUUCUCCGCUGAGCUUUGUUUUAACUUGAUGCUUAUGAUUUUUGCAGUGGGCCUGUUAUACAUCCUGCAGAAUUCUGUGCACAUUGAUUGGUUGUCAAAUGCUUUCCCAGAAUAUUGUUGUUACUCAAGAGUUUAUUAAAAUGUAUAUUAGUUGUAAAGAUAUAUAUCACGAGUUGAAUAGUCAUAGUGUAUUAUAUCACAAGUUUCAUUAUAAAAUAAAAUUGCCUAAAAUUA